AUGCCCAGCCGCGACCUUGGAGACCGGCAAGCGCCUGUCCAGGCAGGCCAAGACGCCACGCCCGCCAACCCUCCUUUGAACCCAGUCGGCUCAGCACCGGCAGAUGCAGACAGAAAGGAGGAAGAUGGUGAUCCGUUCAAGCAUCUGCCUGAGCACGAGAUGGCCAUCCUCAAGAGACAGUUGGAUCUGCCGGCUACCAAGGUCAAUUACAUGACGCUGUAUCGUUAUGCGACACGGAAUGACAAGAUCAUCCUGGUCAUCGCCUCGCUCGCAGCAAUCAUCGGCGGUGCACUCAUGCCUCUGAUGACCGUCCUGUUUGGAGGUCUUGCAGGCACCUUCCGCAGCUUCCUACUGGGCGACAUAUCUGACAGCCAAUUCACCAGCGAGCUUGCCAGAUUCUCUCUGUACUUCCUCUACCUCGCUAUUGGCGAGUUUGUGAUGGUGUACUUGGCCACGGUCGGUUUCGUGUACGCUGGAGAACACAUCACAGCGAAGAUCAGAGAGCGGUUCUUGGCCGCCAUUCUGAGGCAGAAUAUUGCUUUUUUCGACGAGCUCGGCGCGGGUGAGAUCACCACACGCAUCACAGCAGACACCAAUCUUGUCCAGGAAGGUAUCUCGGAGAAAGUGGGAUUGACCUUGACAGCCGUCGCCACCUUUGUGGCCGCGUUCGUGAUUGGUUUCGUCAGAUACUGGAAGCUCACGCUGAUUCUGUGUUCCACUGUCGCUGCCAUUGUUGUUACACUGGGCGCCGUGGGCUCGUUCGUCGCCAAGCUCAGCAAGAAAUACCUCGGCCAUUUUGCUGAAGGAGGAACGGUUGCGGAAGAGGUCAUCAGCUCGAUCCGAAAUGCGGCUGCGUUCAAUACCCAAGAGAAGCUGGCUCGACGAUACGAUGGGUAUCUCGUCGAAGCAGAGAAGUCCGGGUUCAAGCUCAAGUCCACCACCAGCUCAAUGAUUGGUUUUCUCUUUCUGUACAUUUACCUCAACUACGGACUGUCUUUCUGGAUGGGCUCUCGCUUCCUGGUGGAUGGGUCUGUUGGAUUAGCGCAAAUCCUCACUAUUCAAAUGGCCAUCAUGAUGGGGGCUUUUGCCCUCGGGAAUAUUACACCGAAUAUCCAGGCCAUCACCUCAGCGGUCGCCGCAGCCAACAAGAUAUAUGCAACCAUUGAUCGUGUCUCUCCUCUCGACCCUUUAUCGAUCGAGGGGCAGAAGCUGGAGGAACUGCAAGGAAAUGUGGAACUCAAGAAUAUCAGACACAUAUACCCUUCCCGCCCCGAAGUUGUUGUGAUGGAUGAUGUGAGCUUACUGAUCCCCGCGGGCAAGUCUACUGCGCUUGUUGGGGCUUCAGGCUCUGGGAAAAGCACUAUCAUCGGGCUGGUUGAGCGUUUCUACGAUCCUGUCGGUGGAUGCGUACACAUCGACGGCCAUGAUAUCAAAGACCUGAAUCUACGCUGGUUGCGACAACAAAUUUCUCUGGUGAGCCAAGAGCCUACCUUAUUUGCUACUACGAUAUUUGGCAAUAUCAAGCACGGUUUGAUCGGAACAGCGCACGAGCAUGAGUCCGAAAAAGCAAUUUGUGAGCUGGUCGAACGUGCUGCUCGGAUGGCAAACGCCCACGACUUCAUCACCUCCCUUCCCGAGGGCUACGAAACCGACAUUGGAGAACGAGGGUUCCUUCUCUCCGGAGGUCAGAAACAACGCAUUGCCAUUGCUAGGGCCAUGGUUAGCGAUCCUAAGAUCCUGCUACUUGAUGAAGCAACAUCCGCACUCGACACGAAGAGCGAGGGAGUUGUGCAAGCCGCACUCGACAAAGCUGCCCAGGGACGAACCACCGUGAUGGUUGCUCACCGACUGUCUACUAUCAAGAAUGCGGACAAUAUUGUUGUUAUGUCCCACGGACGUAUUGUCGAACAGGGCACCCACGAUGACCUUCUCCAGAAGAAAGGGACUUACUACAACUUGGCCGAGGCUCAGCGAAUCGCUACGAAGCAAGAGUCUAGAAACCAAGAUGAAGAUCUCAUACUGCCUGGAACCGAUUACGAUUUAUGGCGACCCGAAUUCAAUGGGAAUCGCUACAGCUCAAACAAAGAGGAUCAAGGAGAAGACCCUGACUUUCAGGUGGACAAGACACGAUCAGACAGGACCGCAUUGAGAACGGCAGUUGCGAAGAAGGGACAAGAGGACGUUGCCGACAACUAUACCUUGUUCACGCUGAUACGGUUUGUCGCUGGUUUGAACAAAAAAGAAUGGAAAUAUAUGGUCUUUGGACUUUUACUCUCGGCCGUUUGCGGUGGAGGUAAUCCAACACAAGCUGUCUUCUUUGCCAAGUGCAUUACAGCCCUUUCGCUUCCUCUUUCAGAGAGCUCUGAGAUACGGCGACAAGCCAACUUCUGGUCGCUGAUGUAUUUGAUGCUCGCCUUUGUACAGCUGCUCGCUCUCAUCUCUCAGGGUAUUGCGUUCUCUUACUGCGCAGAGCGACUUACUCAUCGGGUUCGCGACCGAGCAUUUCGAUAUAUCCUCCGGCAAGACAUUGCCUUUUUCGACAAACGUUCUUCGGGUGCUCUCACUUCUUUCCUGUCCACUGAGACCUCCCACCUGGCUGGGCUGUCUGGGAUUACUCUUAUGACGAUUCUCUUGCUGGUCACCACCUUAGUUGCCUCCUGCGCCAUUGGUCUGGCCGUAGGGUGGAAGCUUAGUCUGGUGUGCAUGUCCACCAUCCCCCUCCUUCUCGCUUGUGGGUACUUCCGCUUGGCCAUGCUGGUCCGACUUGAGAAGGAGAAGAAGAAAGCCUACGAACAUUCUGCAAGCUAUGCCUGCGAGGCCACUUCAGCCAUCCGAACCGUGGCUUCCUUGACCCGCGAGGACGACGUUUGCAAUCACUACCACAAACAGCUUCUCUCGCAAGGCCGUAGGUUAGUGUUGUCGGUUCUCAGGUCGUCCGUUCUUUACGCGGCGUCUCAAUCACUUCAAUUUCUUUGCAUGGCUCUCGGCUUUUGGUAUGGAGGUACCUUGUUCGGCAGACACGAAUAUUCCAUGUUCCAAUUCUUCCUGUGUUUCAGCGCAGUCAUCUUUGGGGCGCAGUCUGCAGGGACCAUCUUCAGCUUUGCACCGGAUAUUGCCAAAGCCAGGCACGCUGCUGCUAGUCUCAAGGCUCUCUUCGACCAGAUGCCGGAAAUCGAUAGCUGGAGCCAUGAUGGCGAGAUGGUCCAGAGUAUAGAAGGCCAUGUCGAGUUCAGAGAUGUGCACUUCAGGUACCCGACGCGACCAAAUCAGCUCGUUCUGCGAGGUCUCAAUCUGCACGUCAAGCCCGGGCAGUACGUUGCGUUCGUCGGAGCUAGUGGAUGUGGCAAGUCCACUGCAAUUGCCCUCCUGGAGAGAUUCUACGAUCCAGUCCUAGGCGGUGUCUAUGUCGACGGCAAGAAAAUCUCGUCAUUCAACAUCAACAAUUACCGCUCCCAUCUCUCCCUUGUCAGCCAAGAGCCAACGCUCUACCAAGGUACCAUCCGCGAGAAUAUUAUGCUGGGUACGGACCGAGAUGACGUUUCGGAAGACGAAAUAGUGCUAUGCUGCAAGAACGCAAACAUCUACGAUUUCAUCAUCAGUCUGCCAAACGGUUUUGAUACCCUCGUUGGUAGUAAGGGCAGCAUGCUCUCAGGGGGCCAGAAGCAACGACUUGCAAUAGCUAGAGCAUUGAUCCGCAACCCCAGGAUCCUUUUGCUGGAUGAGGCCACUUCCGCUCUCGAUUCAGAGUCUGAAAAGCUCGUGCAAGCUGCUCUGGAUACCGCAGCUAAAGGCCGCACGACGAUCGCCGUGGCGCAUCGUCUCAGUACGGUGCAAAAGGCAGACAUGAUCUAUGUCUUCAACCAAGGCCGCAUCAUCGAGUGUGGAACUCAUUCUGAGCUGAUGCAGAAGCGGUCGGCAUACUUUGAGCUUGUCGGCUUGCAGAAUUUGGGCGAAAUGUGA